AGGCCAAGAAGGCCAUCACUGAUGCUGCCAUGAUGGCAGAGGAGCUGAAGAAAGAGCAGGACACCAGCGCUCACCUGGAGCGCAUGAAGAAGAACAUGGAGCAAACCAUCAAAGACCUGCAGCAUCGUCUGGAUGAAGCUGAACAGAUCGCCAUGAAGGGAGGCAAGAAGCAGGUGCAGAAGCUCGAGGCCAGGGUGAGGGAACUAGAAAAUGAGGUGGAAUUGGAGCAGAAGAAGAGCAGCGAAGCUGUGAAAGGUGUCCGUAAAUAUGAGCGCCGCAUCAAAGAGCUUACUUACCAGACUGAGGAGGAUCGUAAAAAUAUUGCCCGACUGCAAGAUUUGGUGGACAAGUUGCAGCUGAAAGUUAAAGCCUACAAGCGAUCUGCUGAGGAGGCUGAGGAACAGGCUAAUGUUCAUCUGGGCAAGUUCCGCAAACUGCAGCACGAGCUGGACGAGGCUGAAGAGAGAGCCGACAUCGCCGAGUCUCAGGUCAACAAGCUGCGCGCCAAGAGCCGCGAUACGGGCCCCAAGAAAGGGUUUGAGGAGGAGUGAAGCUUUGGAGCCUGCAGAAAUCAUUUUGGCUGCCGUGUACUUUAGCUCCCUGAAUUAUCAAGACAUAAUCUGUAGAUCUAAUAAAAUCCCUUUAAAAUGUUGCAAA